GCCAUGAGCGGCAAGAGGAAGGAAAUUGCCCUGCAGGUCAACAUCAGCACCCAGGAGCUUUGGGAGGAAAUGCUCAGUUCCAAAGGACUAACAGUGGUCGAUGUCUAUCAAGGCUGGUGUGGCCCCUGCAAGCCCGUGGUGAGCCUCUUCCAGAAGAUGAGGAUCGAGGUUGGCCUGGACCUUCUGCACUUCGCAUUGGCGGAGGCAGACUGCCUUGACGUCCUCGAAAAGUACCGCGGGAGGUGUGAGCCUACCUUCCUGUUCUACGCAGGAGGGAAACUGGUGGCUGUGGUUAGAGGGGCCAACGCCCCCCUGCUGCAGAAAACCAUCCUGGACCAGCUGGAGGCCGAGAGGAAGGUGCUGGCUGAAGGCAGAGAACGGAAAGUGAUCAAAGAUGAGGCUCUCUCUGAGGAAGAGGAACGCGUUUCCCACGGGAAGGACGGUGGCGAAGACGCGGACGUGGCUUCAUCGGAGAAGGCCUGUACCUUGGCGAUCAUUAAACCAGACGCAGUCGGCCACGGGAAGACUGAUGAGAUUAUCAUGAAGAUCCAGGAAGCUGGGUUUGACAUUUUAAUGAGUGAAGAGAGGACCAUGACGGAGGCAGAAAUGCGACUCUUCUACCAACACAGAGCUGGAGAGGAGGCAUUUGAGAAGCUGGUCCAUCACAUGUGCAGUGGGCCAAGCCACCUCCUGAUCCUCACCAGGACUGAGGACACCGAGGACGUUGCCACUGCCUGGCGAGCCCUCAUGGGGCCCUGUGACCCACACGUGGCCAGGAGGGAGCAGCCUGACAGUCUCCGUGCUCAGUACGGCACGGAAGUGCCCUUUAACGCGGUCCACGGGAGCCGGGACGCAGAGGACGCCCGCCGAGAGCUGGCUCUGCUCUUCCCCAGCGUUACGUUUGCAGACCACGUCCCGGAAGCCUCUCUGGACCCCGAGGAAGGAGUGGUGCUUCCCUCCCCUGAGGAUGUGCACUGAGGUGGAUGUGCUGCCUCCGAAGCACGUGACCCAGGGCGUGGCCAGCAAGUGAAAUGUCAGUGCGUUCCCAUCUGCUGCGCUUAAGGAAAGCUCUAGAAUCGGAUCUUACUCUUUUGAGCACCAAUUUCUUUUAGUUUAGCUAUCUUUCAUGAAUAAUAAAAUAUAGUUUCCUGCCUUAUU